UGGAUCGUUCUCGAAAUGUUUAGAAUAGCAAAAUAUUUUGUGACGUCAACUCUAAAAAGACAUAAAUUUGAAAUUUUGUGAUGUUAGCCAUAAAGCGCAAGCAACGUAACUAAUAAAGCUACUAAAAAAGAAGUAAGAAAGCUACUUAAAAAGUCAAAAAAUGUCUUUGUGGCACAUUCCUGUUCACAAAUAUUUUGAAACCGAUCCAUUCAUGGAUGACAUAAUGGAGAUAACUUUUCCUCCUUUAAGAUAUUUUCCAUUAUUUAAUGUUGGAACAAAGGCUGUUUCAAAAAAAAAGACUCCGAAAGAAAACGGUUUUGUUGUAAAUCUUGAUGUCAAGCAUUACAAACCAGAGGAAGUUACUCUUAAAGUAGAAGGUCAAGUUCUUGAAGUCAGUGGGAAGCAUCGUAACGAAAAUGAAAAUGGAUUCGAGUCUAGUGAGUUCCACAGAAAGUACACUAUUCCCGAUGAUGUAGAUGUGACAGCACUUACGUCAAACAUCAGUCAAGACGGUGUUUUGCAUAUAGAAGCUCCUAAAAAGCUACCUGCAACUUCUGGAGAAUCAACAAAAGAGACUUUCAAAUGCACUUUAGAUGUACAAGGUUUCAAGCCAGAAGAAAUUUCGAUUCAAGUAAAGGGUAGAGAUUUAGUCGUUCAUGGUGAAACAAAAACUGAAAACAGCGGUGAACACGGUUCAAGUUUCCACCACAAGCAGUUUACAAAACACGUAGCAUUGCCAGAUGAUGUAGAUCCAUCCGAAUUAAGUUCUCGCUAUACGAAAGACUCUAAAUUAGCAAUCGAAGCUCCGCGAAAGCAACUACAAGCUCCACUCAAACUUGAAAUCAAAAUGGAAGAAUGAAGUGGUGUCAAUCGUUUGUAGCCGUGUUUGUAGUUAUUUGUAAAAGUUUGUGUUUCUAAGCGUUAAUAUUUACGCUGAAUUUUAUACAAUUUAAAUGCUCUACAUCUUAAAUGUUUAUUUUGUUUGUUUUUAAUUUUUGUAUUAAUAGUUUAUUUAAAAAAAAAAGAAAAGAAAAACUUAUUUAUUAAAGUUCUUGUUUUAUUUUUCGAAAAGAAAACGUUCUUAAAGAGUAAUAGUUUAGUUCGAGCAAAACACUUGAAACCGUGAAAAAUUAUUGGGUUAGUGUAUACUCUAUUUGUGAUGAUAAACAAUAAAGAAAAUUGUUAAAGUAUUUUUUUUAAUAUAUUACUUUUUUUUUUUAUCAUGAUAAUUCCACUCUAAUUAAAUCCGGCCUUGUCAUCGUGUAUAUUGAACUUGAAGAAACCAUAUUAAAAGUAGGCGGCAGUGGCGCAGUGGUUAGAGCGCUUGCUUUAUAAGCUUGAGUUCCAGGUUUAAAACGAGUUUUAGACAUGUUUUGUGUCACGUUAAGGAAGGAGAUGUGAAUUUCCUGAUUAAAUGCACUUCCGCGGUGUUCUGUGACAAAGCCGU